AUUUAAUCUCAGCCAUUCUCUCACGGGCUCCCAUACAAUUUUGGUUGGUAUUUAUUUAGUGCAUCCAAGUCCCAACAAACAAGAACCAUCGAUUCAUCAUCCCAUUUGACAGAGUGAAACAUGGAGGAUGUGGAAAAGGUGAAGACCGAAGCAUUGCAAUUGAUAGGAGCAUUUCAAGUUCUACCAAAGCUCGUGGUUUUCGAUCUCGAUUACACUCUUUGGCCUUUCUACUGCGAGUGCCGCUCCAAGCACGAUACACCUUCUCUGUUUCCUCAUUCUAGAGGCAUCUUAAGCGCACUCAAAGAUGGAGGAAUUCAUGCUGCCAUUGCUUCUAAAUCACCAACUCCUCACAUAGCAACCACGUUUCUUGACAAACUCAGUAUCACCUCAAUGUUUGUCGCGCAGGAAAUAUUUUAUACUUCGACACACAAAACAGAUCAUUUUCAGAAAAUUCAAGCAAAGACUGGUGUCCCCUAUAACUCUAUGCUCUUUUUUGACGAUGAUAACAAUAACAUCAAAGGGAUUUCAAAAUUGGGGGUAACAAGUGUUUUGGUUAUAAAUGGUGUGAAUCUUGGAGUAUUUAGAGAAGGCCUCACAAGUUUUUCUCAAAACUGGGAUGCGUCAAAGAAAAAGCAGAAAAGGAGUAGAUAAUCUUUUCAUGAGCAACAUACCAUCAUAUAUGUUUGAGAUUAUCUCCUUUAUGUGCAUUUUAUUCGAAACAUCGUCCAUAUUGAUGAUUGGAAAUAUAAUUGUGUUUAUUUUUUCUUCUAUUAAUUUAAUGAUUAGAAUUUCACCCAUAUAUGAAUAAGUGGGAUGCGGUUGGACGAGUAUGCGAAUUCUAUAACAUGUAUCUCUCUCAUAAUUCUAUAAACUAUAAUGAUUUUGUAAACACCCAACAUCUAUAAUUAUCCUAUGGAGAUAGUUUUUUUUAA